AAUCUUUUCUAAGUUCAACUUCCAAAGGAUAACCCUAACUUUUAGUAUUCUUCUGAGUCUCAGUCAUCUCCUAUAUAUGGAUAUUGAAAAGGCAGUGAGCAGAAGAGAAGAAGAAGAGCCCAUUGUCCAAAAGCCAAAGCUAGACAAAGGAAAAGGCAAAGCUCAUGUGUUUGCUCCUCCCAUGAACUACAGUCGAAUUAUGGAAAAACAUAAGCAGGAAAAGGUGAGCAUGCCUGGGUGGAAAAGAGGCGUGGCGAUCUUCGAUUUUGUUCUUAGACUCAUUGCAGCCAUCACGGCCAUGGCCGCUGCAGCAAAGAUGGCAACUACCGAGGAGACUCUUCCUUUCUUUACUCAGUUUUUGCAGUUCAGUGCUGACUACACAGAUCUACCAACGCUUUCAUCUUUUGUUGUAGUUAACUCAAUCGUGGGCGGCUACCUAACCCUUUCGUUGCCUUUUUCCAUUGUCUGUAUCCUCCGGCCUCUCGCAGUGCCACCGAGGCUCUUCCUCAUCUUAUGUGACACGGCGAUGAUGGGCCUCACUAUGGUGGCAGCAUCCGCUUCUGCAGCCAUAGUUUAUUUGGCGCACAACGGAAAUUCAAGCUCGAACUGGCUUCCAGUUUGUCAGCAGUUCGGUGACUUUUGCCAAGGAACAAGCGGCGCCGUAGUGGCUUCGUUUAUAGCGGCGGCUCUUCUUAUGGUCCUCGUCAUUCUCUCUGCUCUUGCUCUCAAGAGAUCGACCUAAAAAUUUAUACUUGUGUCUAUUAUUGUAUGUGCUCUGAUAUUCAUUUGUGUGAAUUUGAAAAGGGUAAGAUGUAUGUUUUGGUUUUUGUUAAGUUGUGUAACUCGAGUUGUAUUGUGAAUUGUGUUUGUAAAUCAAUCAACUCCCAAAAAGA